CUUAAAUUGUCUCCAAAACAAUGUUACAUUGUUGUUGUCCUGAUGGCAGCCUCUAAUUUAAAAUUUAACGUUUACAAAGAUGCUUAUUGGGCCGUGGGUGGAAUGAACCUAGCUUUGAAUCUCAGAAAGUAGGAUUAUCCAUGAAAGUAAAAGGAAAAUUGAAUGUUCAUACUUCCUUAAGCGAAAUGCAACAGGAAAACGCUGAUGGCCAAGCCCGGGUUGAUUUCUGUUUAGUUCAAAUAUGCUCCGAAUAAUUGUAUAUAUUCGUGUACAAUAAUAUGGAAAACGGAUAUGAAUGCUCGGUGACUGAAAACAAAGGCAAGAAUUGAAACACCGGCGACCGCUUUAACAAGUCAGUACAAAACAGCCGCAAACCUACGCGACAGUACGCGUAUAUAUUUGCUGAAUAAAAAUCAGACGAUCUCUCGAAACUGCACUUGUGAUGCUUCAGUCAACGUAAUACGAUUUGAGGGUGUAUGCUGUAUUCUUGACUUGCAAAUUAUAUUACGUAAUUAACAUUUCAUUUAUACGGGGUGCUGCGAAAAUAUGUUGUAAAAAUCUAAUGCAACUUCUAUGACAAGCAUUUUCUGAUUGUUGGGGUAAAAAAAAAAGCCAUCUUGCCAGGCGAUCCGCGGGAUCAGUGAUCGAUUAGUAUUGCCUGCCGAGGGGAAAAAUGGCUGCUUGUGCUUGAUUUUUAAAAUUUCUUAUCGUCACAUUUUGGCAAUACGUUUAUCAUUGCCAUAAGAGCCGUUAAACCUUUCCAGUCGGAGUACUUAAUUGGAGUGCGAAAUGGCUGGGGACGGCUAACUGGGUGUCGGUGAUAUUGGCGUCCACGAAGGGAGUAGCGGGUAUGCCCUGUGAAUGCCUGCCCUGGCCCGUUUCAGCAGCGGAUAAGUGUCUGCACCACUGCAGUACACAGCCGAAGCACUAAACAGCGCUGCCUUAACCUACGGUGCCCUGCUCUGCGCCGGACUCUGUCUGCUUGCUAGUUCACCCCAUGCUGGCUGUACUAUGUAGACGGCAGUGCUUCCCUUUUCGAUUUCGCAAAUGAAAAUGGAGGAUAUGUCGCUGUCAGGCCUGGACAACACCAAGCUGGAGGCCUUAGCGCAUGACAUCUAUGCAGACCUGGUGGAGGAUGCCUGCCUGGGCCUGUGUUUUGAGGUGCAUCGAGCCGUCAAACAGGGUUACUUUUUCCUGGAUGAGACGGACCAAGACAGCAUGAAGGACUUCGAAAUCGUGGACCAGCCGGGUGUGGAUAUCUUCGGCCAGGUGUACAACCAGUGGAAGAACAAGGAGUGUGUGUGUCCCAACUGCAACCGUAGCAUCGCCGCCUCGCGAUUUGCCCCCCACCUGGAAAAGUGCCUGGGGAUGGGGCGAAACAGCAGCCGCAUCGCCAACCGCAGAAUAGCCAGCAGCAACAAUAUGAGCAAAUCGGAGAGCGACCAGGAAGACAAUGACGACAUCAAUGAUAAUGACUGGUCAUAUGGGUCUGAAAAGAAAGCCAAGAAAAGAAAGUCAGAUAAGAACCCAAACUCUCCAAGAAGAUCUAAAUCAUUAAAACAUAAAAAUGGGGAACAUAGUAAUAGUGUCAGCUCUGACCCGUACAAGGUAACCAGUGUUUCCCUGCUAUUGUCAUGUCCUCUCUGGCAAACUUACGCCUAUAACUCCGGCAUCAGUUACGAAACCCUUGGCCCGGAAGAACUGAGGUCUUUACUGACCACGCAAUGCGGGGUGAUGUCAGAGCACACGAAGAAGAUGUGCACACGGUCUCUGCGGUGUCCCCAGCACACGGACGAACAGAGGAGGACCGUCCGGGUGUUCCUCCUGGGGCCAGCCGCGUCGUCGUUGCCUGAUGUGGAUGGGGUGGUGGAAAACGAUGGUUACGAUGUCCCAGAUGGGCAGGCUCUGAUGAGCCGGCUACAGUGGGAUGGAUCUUCUGACAUCUCUCCUUCGGACUCUGCCUCCUCGAAAGCGAGCACCAAUAACUCUGAUUCCAAGAAGCCCAAAAAGAAGAAGAAGCCGUCCCUUGGUCUGAACAGCGGUACGUGUGGGGGACCUGGGAGCGGCAGCUGCGCCGCGGUUGGGGCCGGGACCACGGGCAGCGGCGGUGGCGGAAGCUCACAAGGGAGCCUCGGCCUCCCCAGUCGCAAGAAGAAGCCCAAGCUGCCGGCACCCCCAACCCCCAGCAUCUACGACGACAUGAACUAGCACCAUCGCGUUCCUCCCCAUCCCAGCGCUCAUGGAGGAGACGGAAAUCGUGGCAGCCGCUCGGUGGUGAGCCCCCAUGGGCUGAACGGGACCUCGCUCCUCAUAGUGUCCCCCCCCCCCACCCCGGCGUUAAUUAGCCCACAUGAACCUGCAGCCUAACUUCUGGAAAGGGUUCUCCAUCUCAAGUUUCCACUUGUGGUCACCCUAAGGGUGUGUGUAUAUGUCUAUAAGAUCUAGAGUCACCUGGAUCGCAGCUGCUAUGGUAAUUCAAGGACUCCUGACUUCUGAAGGAGAAUGUUAUUUUGGGUCCCAUUAUAAUUAUUCUAAUUAUUUUAUUAUUAUUUUCUGAAAUGGUGAGGUGGUGAGCUUGUUUGUUUUAGAUGUUUCACUGAAUUUUCAAACCCCAGCAGUGGGCAGACCACAAUUACAGAAUCAGGGCUCAUUGCACAUGGUGUACUUACGAUCAGUCUCAUGCCCUUUGGUUAAACAAGGUAAGUGUAAUCAAUAUAACUGAAUCAUAGACGAGCAAACAGUUUUGGUUUGAUUUUGUUACUGUAGGCAAGGGACCAAUCGACCGGUUUUUGUCUCAUUUGGUUGUUUAUGGUGUCAGAGGUGAUGUCAUUCAGAUCAUGUUGAUGAGAAAGGAACUGCAUAGCCACAAGGGCGGUGCUGUUCUCACCUGCUUGAGCCACUGGAUCAUGGCUUUAGGACAUUGCGGGGUCCUUAAAUGAAAGGGGGUGGCUACAAAGGGGAGUACGCUACAUUCCAGAUUGGUCUGUUGCACCCUCACCCCCCCCGAACUGACAAAGGCAUCUUUGUCGUGAGCAGCAAAGUGGGUUCUUCUGCGUGGCCAGUUUGUCUCAAAUGGCAUUGGACCUCAUGGGUGUGUGGAUUUGUGGCGCCAUCAUGCUCUUUUGGGAUGCCGUCGUGGGUGUUUUUGUGUUUCCUGUGAGUGUAUGAGCAUUAAGUGUCUUUAUGGUGAACACACAGAUGCACCUGAGGUCGGUGUCGUACAUCAUGCACUUCCCCGUGGCCAUUACUGAGCAAGUCAGGGCUCUUGCAUUUGUGUGUUUGUUCAGGAAAUUUGCAGGUCCUUGCCAGUGUCCGGGAAGUCCAGUGCGGGUCUGCCUAUCGAGGUUCACCCAUGUCACACAUGAGUUGAGAUGGAAACCUGUGAGGCUCCUCGCAUCUGGCCGGCCUUACGCAGCCUCCACAGCGGGGCAGUAACCAGGGCCGCCGUGUGUUAGUACCGUAGUCAGAAGCUCUCGGGUAUGUGUAUCGCUGGAAUUUUAACUGCUGUAUACCUCAAGUGUUCGGGAACCGUGGAUGUGAUUUGACACAGCAUGAAAUGCACAAGAAGACAUUCUGCCCUCUUUCCUUUAGAUUUUGUGGUGCUGAUGAUUUUAUUUUUUUUUUUAAAAAGAGAAACCUUUUUCUGUUGAUUCCAUACUCCGUAUUUCUGGAUUGGUUUUGGUUGCAACUAGUUAUGAUGAACUCUGAUGAAGUUUAAACUCAAGGAAAAGUUUUAAGAUCCACGUAAUUAUUUAAAGGUGUGUAGUUUGAGACAACAGCGGGUGGGACUAAUGUUCGUUGACCUGCAUUUCGUUCCGAUUCACACAUUUCGAGCUCAAAAAGCCGAUUUCUGGAAUUCCCACGCAUAAAAACAUCCCUUUAAAAAGUGAGUGAGAUCGCCACACUGCUAAUUGCUGGCAGAAAUUAUGUUUCAUUGUACGGAUCACGGUGGGGAUGUGGGGGGUGCGUGACAUGCCACACUUGACCUUGUGGGGGCAACAUUCUCACACCUUGGUCUCAGUCGGUUGCAAUAUUGGCAUAUGAGACAAUAACUUUGCAAGUCAGCUGAAUGAGGAAAAAUCACACAGGCAUGUGCAUGUGUUUAUUGUAUAUGUAUAUAUAUAUAUUUCACAAUGUACAGCUAGUUAUUGUCAUUUUUUCAACUUAUCGUGUACUGUGGUUGCCUAAUAGUCUGAAUAAAACUGUCAUUCAGGUU